GUGAUUAGCAACUCUCUGAACGCUGACCCCCUGAACCUCCGCGACAAACCAUUCACGCUGCACUUCGUUGCCCCAGUCGGAUCUGGAGUUGAGACCUAUAAUACGCCUCCGGCAGGAGAGAAAGGCUACUGGCUGUCCAUUCCUGUACUCUGACGCGUGGUUGGCUCUUAUGUCAUUGAGACCCCACCAUCAGCUGCCAACGAAGGUAUCCAAACGUGACGACCAAUCUACAAGUUUCAACAUCGAGCAUCCCCCAAACAUCGCGACACGCCACCUUGUCCCGAAAUCCACUUCCAUCUUGACCGAGACGACCCCCGAAUCGCGAAUCGACGACUACGGCUAGACUGAGCCCAGUUGAACCCCGCGUGGUUCUAGGAUGAGUCAACGUAGACCCUCAUGAUGGAGCCGACCUUGUCGACACAAGAGCUACAGCUCUGCCAGCAUCUCAGAGAGCUUCCGAGGCAGCAUGGAUACCGCUUUAGCGAUGGUGCUUCCGGAGAUCUUUUAUACAAUCUCUUCUGGUCUAUGGCUGGCGGAAGGCCCGAAUAUAUGCGCCUGUUCUUCCCAGAUGGCAGGAUCACACCCCAAAGCACAUUGAAGCUCAGAGAUGCCCAAGGAGCCGUCGAAGGCGCAGAGUACACAGAGGCCGCAAGGGGCAAGGCGUGUGGACACAUCUUCCGCGCCGGAGAAGCUUCCUACGGUUGUCGCACCUGCAGCGCCGACGAGACCUGCGUCCUCUGCAGCAAAUGCUUCGAUGCCACAGAUCACGAAGGACACAUGGUCAAGAUCGCCAUCUCUCCAGGAAAUAGUGGCUGCUGUGACUGCGGCGAUCCAGAAGCAUGGAGAAAGCCCAUCUAUUGUACAAUACAUUCUGAGGUCCAUGGAGACCGCUCCAAAGGCAAAGGUAAGGAGGCAGCUGGCCUACCCGCCGAUCUGGUCAAUAAUAUCCGAAUGACCAUCGCGCGAGUGAUGGACUUUAUUUGCGACGUCAUCUCCUGUGCCCCCGAGCAGCUGAGGCAGCCUAAGACCAGGGACUCAAUCGAGCAGGACGAGAAAUCGUCCCGCUUGAACUCGGUAUAUAGCGGCGGAGACGUCGAUUCGCCUGGCGAGUGGGCAGUCCUCCUCUGGAACGACGAGAAACAUACUGUCGACGAGGUUCAAUCGCAAGUCGCAAGAGCUUGUCGGACUACCAUGGCAGAUGGCUACAAGCGGGCUCUGGAGACGGACAGCAUUGGACGCAGCAUCCUGAUGUAUAGCAAUGAUAUUGACCAUCUUCUCCAUGUGGCCAAGAUCCUCGAGCAAAUCAAAGUCACUGUUACUAUACGAUCCUCCAGAGACACGUUCCGCGAGCAAAUGUGCGGGACCAUGAUUGGCUGGUUGAAUGACAUUGCUGGCUGCUUUGUUGGAUCCGACGGCAGUUUACUUAGGCAAAUUGUCUGUGAGGAGCUUCUGAGACCAUGGAGGAAAGGCAGUCUUGCCGUUCAUGCUGGCAGUCUCCCUGCAAUCGAGGAUGAGGAGUUGAUCGAGCAGAUGCACGAGCAAAACGAGACCGCACGAUAUUUUAUGAGACGAGCGCGCAUUCUCGCCCGCUUGAAUGCCGGUGGAGCUCAGAUGACCACUACCACGCUGGCUGACAUGCUGGACAAUUCCGAUGACGAUGACGAGGGUAAUCAGACCCCUGGCAGCGAUGACGAAGACAACGAUAAUGAUGAGGAUGAUGACGAUGAUAUGGAAGGCGAUGUUAUGAUGAUUGAUACUGGACCUGCUGAAGAUAUCAACAUGUCUGGUUGGGGUAACAACGACCCGCCUGGAGACGCACUCGAGGAAGAGGAGGCCACAAUGGCAGGCUACCCACCUCCUCCACCACCUCCGCCUCCUCUACCGAGACGCACCACGAGAGACCGCGAGCUCACACCUUCGGACUCGGAUACGGCUGAGCCCUUGAUAGCACCAAGUGUCUACAACAAGGUCAACGUUGAAGUACCCAAAACACCAGGGCAAAACAAAGGCGACACCUUGGAUCCUCCGCGGCCAGGAAAGUACUGGGUCGAGGUUCCAGCAGCCUAUUUGGAGCCUGCCAAAGAGCAUACUUUCGAGGACGUUUUUGAGCGUGUGCGUCUAGAUUGGUUGAUUCUGUUUGAUCUGAGGAUGUGGAAGAAAGUCCGCCAAGAUCUCCGUUCCCUCUAUAUUUCCACAGUUGUCACCAUUCCAGACUUUAAGCGGAUCCUAGGUCUUCGAUUUGCGGCGUUGUAUACCACGCUCGCACAACUUUAUCUGAUCGGAGAUCGAGAACCCGAUCAUUCCAUCAUUAAUAUCUCCCUUCAGAUGCUUACAACGCCGUCCAUCACGGCUGAGGUGGUCGAACGAGGCAACUUCCUGACCAAUCUUCUCGCCAUUCUCUACACUUUCCUGACUACCAGGCAAGUUGGACACCCAUGGGAGGUGUCUUCUAGCGCGGUCCUUGGUUUUGAUACUGGUUCUGUUACUAAUCGGCGGAUGUAUCACUUUUAUGUCGAUAUCAAGUACUUGUUUGGAUCCCCUCAUGUGCAAGAGCGAAUGAGGACCGAGGAAAGAUAUCUUCUGCAGUUCCUUGAUUUGGUCAAACUUCACCAAGGAAUAUGUCCGAAUACUAGGGCUGUCGGCGAGCACGUGGAGUACGAAACCGACAGCUGGAUCGGCGCUUCGCUUAUGACACGAGAAAUCAACCAGCUUUGCAGAUUACUUGCAGACUCUUUCCGAGACCUACCCGAAGAUGAUUCCCAGUACGUCUCGAAAGCCAUUAGACUCGUCGCUAAGAACGUCAUCAUAAAUUCCAUCGGAGCGGAGCGUGCCAGAUUCACGCAGGCAGAGAUCAAGGAUGAGAUCCGCUUCAAAACGCUCAGUGACUUUGAGUUUGCUGGAGAGUCGAUGAAAUAUGAUGUGGUCAAAUUCACUGUUGAAGAGCAACCGAUCAGUUUCCAUCAUGCGCUCCAUUAUACGUUGUCAUGGUUGAUCGAAUGUGCAAAACACAUGUCAACUCAGCAACUUAUGUCUGUCUUGAGCUUUACAGCCCAAGAAUUGAAGGUGAAGCCCAAAUCUAUGGGCCGCAAAGCCAUGCCCAAACGAGAUUACGCACCAGAAGACUACUUGGUGGCUGCUUUUGACUAUCCCCUGCGAGUUUGCGCCUGGCUUGCUCAAAUAAAAGCCAACAUGUGGAUCCGUAAUGGCAUCAGCCUUCGGCACCAAGCUGUUACCUACCGAAACCAACUCCACAGGAACCAUACGCAUCAUCGAGACAUCUUCUUACUGCAAACUGCCAUGGUGGUCUGCGACCCGAGCCGUAUUCUGGCGUCGAUGGUGGACCGGUAUGGCAUGGAGAAGUGGGUGAAGGGGUUCUUUGAGCAAACUACCGAAGGUCAAGAUGAAAGUCAACAUAUCGACGUCAUAGAGGACAUGAUUCAUCUUCUGAUCGUCCUCUUGAGCGAUAGAACAUCUUUGAUACCGACGCGAGACAAGCACGAAACACAUCUUUUGGCUAUGCGCCGGGAUGUCACGCAUGUUCUUUGCUUCCGGCCUUUGUCCUUCAACGAAAUUUGUGGCAAGCUCCCUGACAGAUUCCACGAACAGGAAAAUUUUCAACAAGUUCUCGAUGAGGUGGCCACCUAUAAAGCUCCCGACGGCGUCUCCGAUGUUGGAACGUUUGAAUUGCGACCACAGUUCAUCGAGGACAUCGAUCCGUACAUAGCGCACUACAACAAGAAUCAGAGAGAGGAGUCAGAAGCUGCGUACCGCAAAUUGUUAGCAAAGAAGACCGGUCAGCUCCCGGAGGAUGUUGUGUACGAACCCAAAUUAAAGCCUAUCCAAUCCGGAGCUUUUGUCGGCUUGGGUAACUUCACCAGCACUGGAAUGUUCGCACAGAUCAUCUACUACUGCCUGCUCUACCCUUUGGUAGCAGCCAGACUAACGCCUGCCGUCCCAUUCACUCGGGUCGAGGUUUUCCUGCAAGUUGUGCUUCAUCUGGUUCUGAUUGCCAUUGCUGAAGACAGAACCGGCGAGAAAAGCACCGAGGAUAGCUCAUUUGUAUACAUUGCUCUUAACACUCAGGGACGCAGCAACUUUUUGCAAAACUCGCCGGACGCAAAGACUAUCGUGUCUCUUUUAGAGCUGAUAUCCACCAAAGAGGAGCUCAAGGCAUGUCAUCCCAAGAUUACCUUGAUUCUGAAAAGGAUGCGCCAAAAGAAGCCGACACACUUUGACUCGGCCUACUUGCGCCUCGGCAUACCUAUCGACAGGCUGGAUACCGCGUCCCCAGCCAGCUCACAACAUGCCGACGAGGAAAGAGAACGGAAGAAACAGGCCGCGCUGGCCCGUCAAGCCAAGGUAAUGGCUCAGUUCCAACAACAACAAAAGAGCUUCUUGGAGAUGCAAGGCGAUGUUGACUGGGGUGAUGAAGAUCUAGACGACAUUGAGGAUGCGCCACUCGUGGAGGAGCAAAAGAAUUUCUGGAAAUACCCUGCGGGUACUUGCAUCCUUUGCCAGGAAGAGGCCGACGAUGGGCGGUUGUACGGCACAUUUGGGCUUUUUCUUGAAAGUCACGUACUACGCCAAACUGAUUUCCAAGAUCCCGAUUUCGUCCGCGAAGCUGCCAACACCCCUCUCAAUCUUGACAGAUCAGCUGAGCCCAUCCGGCCGUUUGGUCUGGCUCAUGAGAACCGCAAGACGGUGGAAAAGAUUAAUGCUGCAGGCGAAUUUUUUCCAGCUGAGAAACAGGCUCUUGGGAAAGGUUUUCCUGCAAACCUAUGUCGGCAGGGGCCCGUUGCGGUGUCUUGUGGCCACAUUAUGCAUUACAACUGCUUUGAGACGUAUAUCGAGGCAACGUCACGUCGGCACGUACACCAGAUUGCACGCCACCAUCCCGAGUCUUUGGAGCGGAAGGAGUUUGUAUGCCCACUAUGCAAGGCUCUGGGCAAUGCUUUCUUGCCCAUCACUUGGGACGGCAAGGAGGAAUCGUACCCUGGCGUAUUACAACACCCGCCAGAUCUCUCUUCAUUCUUGAACACGCCAAGGCUCGUUGACCCCGCGGACUUUUUCAAUGUCGGGCAGAUUGCUUUCACAGAGUAUAUCAAAGCCAAGAUGCCCGGUGCUCUUGAUGACAUUGCCUCACAGCAGGGCACCUCGGAAGCUUCUUGGGAUGCUAUCACGUCGACGUCGUCUGGGGGGAUUGGGACACCCUUCAGCGACUCUUUCUCAGCAGUGGCAACUCCAGAUUCCAGCACUCGAUCCAGAAGUCCCGAAACACCGCAUGAUAAAGUCCUCAGGCGAGCUUACCAACGACUGAGAGAGACGCUGCAGAGCAAUAAACUAUUGAACAGGUCCGAUUCGGAUGUAAAGGAUGACAAUCUUGGUGGAAAUCGAGCGUUGGCGCAAGCCGUUGGUUUCUCUAUUUCCGCAACGGAGAUUACCCAAAGAGGCAUCGAGGCGCAGUACGGAAUGACUUUGGUUGAGAAGAUUCCAGAGCAAACAUUGAUUCAGCUGCGUAUCCUUUCAGAAACUGUUGCAUCGUAUAUUUGCAUCGGUGGUCUACGAUAUGGCGGUGAAAACCGGAUCAGCUCUGAGUAUCAGAGAGACGCAGAGCGUCAGUUUUGCCAGCUCUUUAUUUCCGACCUGUUCAACCAUGAAACCAGCAGCGGCCGUCCAGCAAUUGACGCUUUCUCGCCUAUACUCAGUCAAGACCCUUUCAUUCUCAUGUGUGAAAGUGUUUUCGGUAUGGGCAUGGCUCAGUUCAUGGACAUCAACAAUCUCGUCAGAAUAUACUACCUUGCUGAAAUUGUCAAGACAGUGUUUCAUAUUUCCCGCAACAUGCCGAUAGGGAAGUGGUUGGAACAUAUGGUAAAUCGAGACCCCGAGGAUACUGCCAUGGCCAACUUCGCCACGUUCUGCAAUGCAAUCACGUUGGCUGGCAUAAAGUACAGUGAAGAGGUCCAUGAGAUACCAGACGAUAUGCCGAACCUUGGCUUCGAGCAGCCGUGCAUGAACAAUCUUGAGGACUUCUACGGUUUUGUCAAAAAAUACGCCCUCAUUUUCCUUCGCAAGACCACGGUUCUUCUGCACGUCCACUACGGAGUUGACUUCAACAGCCACGUUCCGACAGCUCCUGAAGAGGAUGAGCUCUCCCGCCUGACAGCAGCUCUGCGUCUUCCGACGUUUGACGAAAUGUGCGCAGCAUUAACUCAACAUGCGCCAAACUGUGGCUGGCCCUCACGCUCCGAGGCAGUUGUUCACGGUUGGAUUAAACACCAGGUCUACUAUCCGUCACAGCCUCCUCCAACUAGACGAGAAGGCCCCCAUAUGCUUCCUAGCUCUGCGCAGGUCAGUCAUCCAGGCAUCUAUGAGCUGGUGGGUCUGCCCAAAAAGUACGACACUUUGAUCGAACAAUGUGCUCAGCAUCGGUGCCCAAGCACCGGCAAGGACCUUGCAGACCCCAUCGUAUGUCUAUUCUGCGGUGACAUUUUCUGCGGACAAACCAUAUGCUGUAUCAUGGACUACAGGGAGGACGGUCGGGACGAUAAGCCCACGAUGAAGAUUGGCGGUGCUAGUCAACACAUGCUCUUCAAGUGCCAUCGUAAUAUCGGUCUCUUCAUUAACAUCCGCAAGUGCUCCAUCUUCUAUCUUCACCGCGUCAGCGGCUCCUUCAGCAAUGCACCCUAUAUCGAUCGCUACGGUGAGGUGGACGUCGGCCUGCGCCACGGCCGCCUGCUGUACCUAAACCAGAAGCGCUACGAUGCUUUGAGGAACAUUUGGCUCUCGCACGGCAUCCCUAGCUUCAUCAGUCGGAAACUAGAGGCGGACAUAAAUAAUGGCGGGUGGGAGACUAUCUAGGUAGCUUACAUCGGACGGCGAAACUGAAGCGUCAGAAAGGAGUCGCAGGGAAACCCCGACAGACGGACCAGCAAGAAACAAAGUCGUGGCGCUCAGGGCAUCAAUGCCUCCUCUCUUGUUCACGAUCAUCUCAUUAUACUACUAUGCAUAUUGUAGGAGUCUUUGUGGAGUUACGGUCAGUUACGUAUACACAAUAUACAAUGCCCUUCCCCAAG